AUGCAGCAGCAGCAGCAAGAGUUGCAGCAGCAGACGCAGCAACAGCAACAUCUAGAAGAGCAGCACCAGCAGCAGGAGCAGCUGCAGCAGCAGCAACAGCAGCCACCGUCGCAGCCGCCGCAGCAGCAGCAGCAGCAAGAGCAACAGCAGCAGCAACAACGCAAGGAGCUGCAGCAAUCACAGCAGCAGCAGCAACAACAACAACCACAAUCGCAACAGCAGCAACAAAGGCAAUUAGAGCAGUAUCAGCAACAGCAUUUGCAACCGCAGCAACAAACGCAGCAGCAGCAGCAGCAACGCCUCAGCUCUCAAAUAGUACGCAGCAAAUUGAACCUUGCAGGCCUCGGAAGUUCACUCGAUCCCAAGGCGAUCCCAGCUGCUUCGCCCCACACCCUUCCUGCAGCGGCAGCAGCAGCAGCAGCAGCAACAGCAACAAAAGUAGAAGCAGCUUCACUAUCACGCCGUCGCCAAAGACUGAGUGCAGCAGCAGCGCCAGCAGCACAGCAGCGGCAGCAGCAGCAGCAGCGGCAGCAGCAACCGAAACAGCAGCAACAGCAACGCCACCAGCACCACGAUCACCAGACGAGGGCGCAGGUGAAGACACGCCGCAGCUGUUUUCUUCUGAGGAAAGCGAAGAGUCUGAAGAAGAUGAGGAAGGAGCGGCGGCGGCAGCAGCAGCAGCAGCAACAGCAGCAGCACCAGCAGACAGCGGAGUUGCACGAAACAGUGAAGAGGGAUUCACAGCAGCAGCAGCAGCAGCGGCAGCACCAUGCUACUGCUGCUUCUGCUGCUGCUAUAGAGCCUGCUACACCUCCCGUGAGGGAGUCUGAGUCCGCUGUGGCUCCUGCUGCAGCUGAGCAGCAGCAGCAGCAGCAGCAGCUGCUGCUGCAGCCGCAGGAGCAAGACGAAGACGACUUCAUGGGUUUGUGGCUGAACGUUUUUCCUUUUUUGCGGCAGCAUGUAGAGCAGCAGCAGAAGCAGCAGCAGCAGCGCAAGCGGCACCAGCGACAGGAGGCUGCUGCUGCUGGCCCUGCAGCAGCAGCAGAUGCAGCAGACGAAGACCCCGAAGCAGCAGCAGAAAGGGCGGAGAUAGAGGCGCUGCUGGAUCUGCAGCAGGCUGCCCAGGAAGCAGCAGCAGCAGCAGAUGAAGCAUCAGCAGAAGCAGCAGCAGCAGAGGAAGCAGCAGCAGCAGCAGCUGCUGCAGCAGAAGCAGCACCACAUCAACAGCUGUCACACUGGAACGCAACAGCAGCAGUAGCUGCUGCAGCAGCACCAGCAGCAGCAGGAGUCUACAGCUCCCGACGGCCACCUCCAGCAGCAGGCAUCACGCGCAGCAGCAGCAACAGCAGCAGCAGCAGCAGCAGCAGCAGAGUUUGA